AUCCAUUUUUGACGAAAUUUAGUUAGCACUGGAUUCCUACAGAAAAAGAUGCGAGAAAUUCAAUGGUGCUAAUAGUUCUUCUCUAAAAUCACAUUAUCCCACAUAAAAUGGAACCAAAAGUUGUGGGUUAGUGUCAAAACUGACAAUAUCCGUAGGAUAAUGUGAGUUUUGUCAGUUAGGCAGCUGUAGCCAAUGAGAGAGCAGCAUUCAGGUCAUGUGACUCCUGUCAAACAUCAUUGUAGCAAAGCAGUCCAUAGCUGCAGAAUAUUCGAGUAUUGAGUGGUUAGAAUCUUUAUUAGAGUCAAUUUAUUUUAUUGUGUUAGAAUCUUUUGUUCAAUGGAUAUCUCAGUGACGCCAGUGCAGAGUAAUGAGAGAGCUAGAAAACCUAAAAAGUCACCAUUGCAGUGGAAGAAAGCUAAAUUGAAGACAGAACGGUACAAGCCCAAGAGUAUGCCGGACAAACCAACUUGUGGACACAGCAGUCAAUCCUUUCAAUGUUGUUCGCUUGAUAUGUGUGAUUUGAAAAAGUUUCAUUCUUUAUUCUAUAAAAAGACAGAAAAAGAAUAUCAGGAUCAUUUCGUUUUAAAGUAUGUUGAGAUUGUGAAUGUGAGGAGAAGGCGUCCAAAUCAACGGAAAAAUCAAAAUGAAGUAUCCAAGUACAAGAAACAAAUGAGGAGUACACGUUAUUUUGUAUUAAAUAAAAAGAAGGAGAGGGUGCCUGUUUGUUUGAAUGCAUUCAUUGGUAUUCUGGGCAUAUCCAGAUUCAGAGUCAAUAAUAUUACAAAAACAUUCCAUGAACAGGGCUUUAUAACUGAGAAAAGGGGAGGUUUUAAGAGGACAGCAGAAUUUGCUCCAAAAAAGAUUAAUGUCAUGAAGUUUAUUGAAAAAUUGCAGUGCAUUGAGAGCCACUAUUGUCGAAAAGAGAGUAAUAGAAAAUAUUUGUCCUCUGAUUUGAGUAUCAAGAAAUUGUUCAUGAUGUAUUCAGCUGAAAAUGGAAAUGUACCUGUCAAGGAAUCAUACUUCCGUAACAUUUUCAAUACCAACUAUAAUUUGGGUUUUCGAUCUCCUCGAACUGAUGUUUGUUCUACGUGCUUGUGCCUACAAGAAAAAAUCAAAGCUGAAAGUGAUCCAGGUAAAAAGUCUAACUUGUUGAUUGAGAAACGUGUACAUAAAUUGCGUGCAAAAGCGUUCUAUAAUAAACUCCAGGACACAGACGAAAAUCUUCUUAUCUUAUCCUUCGACUGCCAGAAAAAUCUUCCAAUCCCCAAAUUGCCAGACCAAUCAACUUAUUAUUCAAGACAAAUUUAUGUACAGAAUUUUUCAGUUGUGAGAGGUCAUAGUAAGUCACAGUUGAACAAGGAAUCAGUCACUUCUUAUUGCUGGACAGAGAAUAAAUUCGACAAAGAUUCAAACACCAUCGCUUCAUGUGUUUUUGACACCUUGAGAUCUAUCGAUUUGACCCCCUACAAUAGGAUUAGACUGAUAUCUGACGGGUGCGGCGGACAAAAUAAAAAUAGCAUUUUUAUAGGAAUGUGCAGCUUCUGGUUGAGUUCUGUGGCACCAAGUAACAUUGAAGAAAUUGAGGUAGUAUAUCCCAUUACAGGGCACAGUUUCCUUCCAGCAGACAGGGUUUUUGGGAACAUUGAAAAAAUUUUGAAAAAGAAAGAAGUCAUAACUACUUAUGAAGAAGUAUACGAUAUUAUAUCGGAGCAUGCAACUAUAAAAAUCCUUGGAAAAGACUGUGAAGUAGCUGAUUUUAAAAAUGUAGUCAAAAGAAACAUGAAAGAUACCCAAAAAUGGCCUUUUAAAAUCUCCCAAUGUAAACGCAUUUACAUAAAAGCUCCAAAAAAUGCACGAAAUAAAGUUCUGGUCAGAGGUGAGCCCACGUAUGUAAGUGAUUUGUCUGAUAAGUAUUGGAACCUAAUGAAAAAUGGUAAAAAACCUAAUCCGGACUUGAAUCCUGACAUUAUAGAAGAGAAAAAUUAUCUUGCGGAGGAGAAAAAAAAAGAUGUCGACAAACUACUUAAAAAACAUUUUGGUGAGGAUUGGCGACUCAUCGAUAAUCUGGAGUUCUAUAAGAAAGCAAUAGACAAUAAUGGUGAAGAAGAACAAGAACCAAUAAUAUAUUUUGAAUGUGGAUGUGAAGAUGAAAAUAUGAAUAAUCAGUUCACUAUUUGAAAAAAAUAUUUUAAUUUUCUGAUCAACAUUUAUUUUAUUUUUAUCCUUUUGAAUUAUUAACAGUGUAUCAAUAAAAGUUUAAUUUGUAAGAAGAAUGUUUUUUUCAAUCACCUUCCUUACCAAAUAACUCUUCUGGCUUGGUAAUUUGUGUCAAUAGCCCAUAUAAUAUUUCAAAAAGACAGUAUUAUAGUCUACUAGUGGGACAAAAUUAAAGAGAUUCGAACUCACAAUAAUUUCGACAAAACUCAUUUUCAAAACUUACAAUAUCCAGAAUAUUCAGUAUCAAAUCUCACAUUAUCCCAGGAUGAGUGUCAAAACUCACAUUAUCCAUAUUAUUUACCUAUUUUUUCUUGAUUCUGUGGAGAAAUGUCUGACUUUCAAUAUCAAUUUCUAUUUGAAUACCUCAAAUGAACAUGAAAACACGAGCCAUAAGUAUCUUUCUUUGGAAUCACAAUGUGAGCAAGUUUUUUGGCUGUACUGAAAAAUUUGAUUUUUGGAUAAUGUGAGUUUUGAUU